AUGUCAUCGUCUGCGUCAUCAUGCCCAGCUCCCAGUGUCUACGACACUGCGACAGAGACGUGUUUCUGGCGCGUGUCCAGUCUUUUGACGGCCACACUUAGUAUGGCAGAAUGUGUAAAGGACGGAGGCGUUCUUGCUGUCAUCCCUGACCAGUCUACACAACUGUUUAUACAGACGCAGUAUCACACAGAACUGGAGUCUGGUUCGGAGAAGUACGUUGGGUACUGGAUUGGUGUUACCGACGCUCGGACAGAAGGAGUGUUUCAGACGUACGACGGACAAGCACAAACAUACACCAACUGGAAAUCAGGAGACCCUAACGACAACAAUAUGCCAGCCCAAGACUGUGCCAGGAUGUUCCCCAUGGAAACACCGGGGUACCGGUGGCAGGACAGAUCAUGUACCGAAACAGCCCCUGGACUAUGCUCACGCCAAAUUCAAACUACAACCACUGAGAAACAAGCAGAAACAACAAUUGAUGAAGACACAACGGUGACCUCUACGACCGCAAGUGAUGUCAAAACAACUGCAGAAACUGAACUGACUACCGAGCCAUCAAUGGAGACGAGUGAGAUGACGUCAUCAGUGACAUCAGACAUUACAACUACGUCAUCACUUUACACUCAAUCAACGUCAGAGACAACCGAAGCCACUGGCACGUGUUCAGCGUGUAGUUCGACGGAGCCGAACACGACUUGUUACUGUACCUGUAGUCCCUACCUAACACUGGACGACCCCUUGGUGAAACAGAAGAUACAGGAACUUAUUGACACACUGUCCAUACCCAAGAAAAACACGUCAGCAAACAGACGGAAGUACAUCAGUGUCGCAGACAACAGGCCGAGUGCUAGAGGGAUCGGAUAUGUUGGAGCCGCCAUACUGAUGGCCGCUUUAGGAUCAAUUAUCCUGCUGGAUUUAUCUACCUUCUUCCGUCACGUGAAACAUCUGACACUGAAGGCCAGAGGUCGCGAGGAGAGUCCACGUGUCAGCUGGGCCAUACGGCAUCAAAGUUGGACAUAA